AUGCCAGAGGUCCCACUCUGGAAGGUCUGGAGACGGCGGCGGUACGUGGUCACGCUGCUGACCUUCCUAGGAUUCUUCAAUCUCUACGCCCUCCGGGUCAACGUCAGCGUCGUCAUUGUCGACAUGACGGAGAACAAGACGCACACAGACAGCAACGGGACGGUUGUUCGGGAGAGCGAGUUCGACUGGGACACGGAGCUGCAGGGCCUGGUGCUGAGCUCCUUCUUCUACGGCUACAUCUGCACGCAGCUGCUGGGCGGCUGGCUGGCGCUGCGCGUGGGCGGCGCUGUCCUCAUGACCUGCGCCGUCGCCGUCAGCGCAGUGCUGGCGCUCGUCACGCCCGUGCUGGUGCGCCUCAGCGUCUACGCCUUCAUCGCCAUCCGGGUCAUCCAGGGGCUCGUACAGUUGGCAGCCUCUUCCCCGCAGCCCCACGGCUCCCACACACAGAGGCAGGGCUCAGGGCCCGCUCUCCACGUUUUCCAGGGCAUGUCGUACCCGGCGGCGCAGGCUAUGUGGUCGCAAUGGGCGCCGCCACGCGAGCGCAGCGUGCUGGCCAACGUGGGCUACGCGGGCUGCGACCUGGGCUCCGUCGUCGCCAUGACUGUCUCGGGCGUCAUCACCGCCAAGCUGGGCUGGCCCGCCGUCUUCUACAUCUUCGGCUUCGUCGCCCUGGCCUGGACGGCGCUGUGGGUCCUGGUAGUACGCCGCGCGCCGAAGGAGGACCACCAUAUCGAUCCCCGGGAGCAGCAGUACAUCGAGGAGUCACUGGGCGGGCCACCCGAACACCAGAACCAAGAAUACCCGUGGAAGAAUCUGCUGACAUCGAUGCCUGUAUGGGCAGUGCUGGUGGCCAACUUUACAGCCAACUGGGGCUUUUACACAAUGCUCACAGAGCUGCCCACCUUCAUGAAAGAAACAUUAAACUUCAACAUCGAAGAAAGUGGGAUCUUGUCAGCACUACCAUCAUUGUUGAUGCUGUUCAUAUUGCCAGUGGCGGGAUUCUCAGCUGACUGGCUGAUCAACAGAAAGCUCCUCACCAUUGGCCAGGUGCGGAAGACAUUCUGCUGCGGGUCCUUCAUUGUGCAAGCAGUGUUCAUGAUGGUAGUGGCAUAUGUGAUGAAGCCUGUUGCUGCAGUUGCCUCACUCACCACUGGUGUUGGGAUUGGUGCCUUCGCCUACUCUAGCUUCUUUGUGAACCCACUGGAUAUUGCCCCGCAGUAUGCUAGCAUCAUUGUGGGUUUGAGCAACACAGCAGGAACAGUGCCUGGCAUUGUCAGUCCUAUCCUCAUCGGCCACAUUGUUCCUAACAGGGAAGUGAACACCCAUGUGGAAGAGUUAGCUCAGGCCCACACUCCAGCUAGCUCCACCCAAGAAAAGCUGACUGAAGAAGUGGGAAAUAUUACCCAGCAGCUCACAAUGGUAGUUCUUGAACAAACCCACCUCAAAGAAAAGAUAGAAAAAUUAGAAGACCGAGCGGACCUCGCGCCACUAAACGACGACACCAACAUGGCCGAAAGAAUUGUACAUGAAUGUAAAUUGUGUGACGACUAUCUGGACAAAAAACUUGAAAGAAUUACACAGGACACACUUUCAGAAACAGAGAGACAUGUUAAAGAUGAGACAAAACACAUAGAAGACAAAAUAGUUGUAAUUGUAGUAUAG